CCUCACUCACUCUCACACACACGAUUAAUUCUAGAACAUCUCUCGCAACCCUCGAUAUUGAGAUGUAACCAACCAACUUCAUUCUCAUGCCUCUCACUCUCACUCAUCAAUCAAUCAUUCAUCAAUCAUUCAAUCAAACAUGUACUACUUGUAAACGAUUCUUUGUUUGUUUUUUUG